AUGGGUGGUAUAGAGAUAAUGUCAAUACUACCGUUGCUUUUCAUCCUCCGGGUUGUUUCCCCAGCACUCGUCUUGUUAUCCACUCUAUCCGUUCUAUCCACCAAACCACCCGCCCCGCAGACCCCUUCUCCCAUUACGUCCGUCAUCGUCGCUACUCGCGCUCCUCGUCGUGCUCUUAUCCUCCUUCUUCUUUCUCUGACCGCGCUUACCUUCCUCCUGGACGGUCUGACCUUUGUGGUCUAUGCAGUCCUGCAGAAGACAUGGCCCGAACAUACCGGCAUUGAGAUUAACGCUGUCCUUGGCCUCACAGCGUUCGCUGGAUUGGCGGCGAUCGGUGCCUGGAAAGAUAUCCAAGGGGUGGAUGUCUGGUCUUUGAAGAGACUGAAGGCUGGCGUUGCUGCAGCAUUGGCGCUGGAUAUCGUCCAAGUUGUAUUACUUGGCUUGUCUGUUGCAAAGCCCUUUUCAGUUCAGCAAUUACUUCACUUUGCUUUACCCGCGUUCCGUGUACUUUUGCUCGCGCCUCUCCUGGUCGCGCUCUUGUGUCCCCGCGUUGCCUAUCUUCCCGUCCACGACGGCGAAGAAGCCGUGCCCACUGCGUCUAGUCUACUCCUGCCACCUCAGGAAGGUGUUCCCACAUCCACAAACCUCUCCGCGGUUUCCGCUGAGACGAGCAAGUAUGGCACGUUCGAGAAUGGACGCCCGACGCGUUCGAUGCUGCAGGCGUCAAGUCCCACCACUCGCACGCAUACCCCUGCACCAUCUAUUCCCCCGCCGAAGGGCAAUGCGGCGAAGGAAGAAGUGGCCCUUGAUCCAUCCUGGCGCGAAAUCUACGCUCGUAUCAAGCACAUCGUGCCCUACCUGUGGCCGUCCAAGAGUUUCACGCUCCAAUUCCUUGGAGUUCUCUGUAUCUUGCUGGUCGUGCUCGGUCGUCUCGUGAACAUCCUCGUACCUCUCAUCUUUGCGGAGCUUGUGCACAAGUUUGAGGAGGGCUCCACAACAUCGUUGUGGUUCUAUCUCUUCUCAUACGUGGGUUUACGCUUCUUGCAGGGAAGCGGAGGAUUACCUGCUCUGCGUGAUGCUCUGUGGGCGCCUGUAAUGCAAUAUUCUGACCGAGAGAUGUCCCAACUCUCUUUUGAUCAUUUACUCAACUUGUCUUAUGCUUUCCACAUGCGCCGCAAGACUGGCGAGAUUUUGCGCAUCCUCGAUCGCGGCGCUGCUAUCAACCGCACUUUUGAGAUUAUUAUGUUCAACAUUCUUCCCACUUUCUUCGAUAUCACUAUCGCUCUUGUCUUGUUUGUCAUUUAUUUCGAGUGGACCUUGGCCGUGGUCAUCUUCUUCGUGAUGGCUGCGUACGUUUCUACCAGCGUCGUUCUCACCAGAUGGCGGACGAAGCUCAGAAGACAGAUGAACGAUCGUGAUAUCGCUACGCGUGGUAUUCAUACCGAUUGCUUGCUCAAUUAUGAGACGGUGAAGUACUUCGGUGGCGAGCAACAUGAAGGAGAACGCUAUCGCCAAGCCAUCCACGAGUACCAGGUCCUGGAGUACAAAGUCAUUGUUUCUCUCAAUCUUCUCAACCUGGUGCAAAACUUCAUCAUCACGUUGGGUCUUCUCGUUGGAUCUUUGAUUGUUGCGCUCCGGGUUGUGAGAGGCCAGUCAGAGCCUUACCAGUUCGUGUUCUUCAUCACAUAUCUGGCCCAGCUCUAUACGCCUCUCAACAUGCUUGGCACCAUCUAUCGCUCGGUGAACCAAGCUCUGGUCGACACGGAGAAGCUGCUCAAGCUGCUCAGCGAGCCUACGGACGUGAACGACAAGCCUAAUGCCCCUGAUCUGAUCGUUCAGGACGGGGAGAUUGAGUUCGACAACGUCAGCUUUACGUACGACGGACGCACGACUGCGCUCAACGGUGUGUCCUUCAAAGUCUCGAAGGGGUCGUCUGUUGCACUGGUCGGAGAGUCGGGUGCAGGAAAGUCUACUGUCCUGCGCCUGCUGUACCGAUUCUACGACCUCAAGGAAGGCGACGGACGUAUCCUCAUUGAUGGCCAGGAUAUCCGCGACGUGACUCAGGCAAGCUUGCGGAAGUCCAUUGGCGUCGUCCCGCAGGACUGUGUUCUAUUCAACUCGACCAUUGCCUAUAACAUUGGAUAUGGCAAAUUCGGUGCUUCUCAGGACGAGCUCGAAGCCGCCGCCAAGGCUGCGCAGAUGCACGACCGGAUCGUGAGUUUCCCGGACGGGUAUGAUACCAAGGUCGGAGAGCGUGGUGUCAGGUUGAGUGGGGGCGAGAAGCAGCGUGUUGCCAUCGCGAGGACACUCUUGAAGAACCCCCCAAUUCUGCUACUGGAUGAAGCCACCAGCGCUCUGGACACAGCGACCGAGAGGGACAUUCAGAAUGCUCUGCAGACCCUCGUGGAGGGCCGCUCUUCCCUGACCAUUGCCCAUCGUCUCUCAACAAUCGCUACGGCUGACGUAAUUCUUGUUCUGAAAGAUGGGCAGAUCGUUGAACAAGGAAGCCAUAGCGAGCUCCUCGCGCUCGACGGCGUAUUUGCAAAGAUGUGGGCGGCUCAGAUUUCAAGCACCGAGGAUGGCAUAUCGAUCUCCAACAAGGAAGAGGUCGCUGGAUACUCUGUAGAGGAUCCCGCCACCAAGGCCGAGCCGAAUCAUGUACAAGAAGAGUCGACUGCAACUGCCUGUGCUGCGGAUGAAACUGUUAUUGUUGAGACCCCACAGGUGAUGGAUGCAGAACUUGAUACAACGGAUCCCGGACCCGAUGGAGACGUCCAACCUCCCACGGAGGUCGCCCUUUCGGAGCUCACCGUGGCAGAGCCCUCUGGAACCAGCGGCCCAGCUCCGGUCGCAUUCCCUUCCUCUGCGGCGGUUGCAUUCCCUGCCUCGGACGAUCCUGCGAUUGAGGGAGUCACACCUGGAGAUGGUGGCGCUACCGUGGCGUUCCCGUCUUCUGAUGGACCGGUUGCGGUGGCAUUCCCCGGUUCUGUAGACCCGGCGCCUAUUGUGUUCCCUGCCUCAGAGGAGGCGUCAUUGCGCAGUGUCGCCACCCCAGAGCGCACGCAGACUCCCGGUGUUACCUUCCAGGACACCCCAUCGCCAUCUGGGAGGGGCACUCCUGACCCGGAGACAGAGGGGAAGCGCAAGAGGACACUGUCGACUCAAGGCAUCCAGCGCUUGGCCAGGAGAGUGUCGAUCACCACGCGCCGCGCUGGAUCGAGCGCGUCGAUCCCCACGCGCCGCGCUGGAUCGAGCGCGUCGAUCCCCAAAAUAGCUGGUGCAAUCAUUCCUGGACUCAGGCGCGAGGGUACGUCGUCUUCGCAGAAGGACGAGGGGAGCAGCAAGGAUGCAAAGGAGAGCCCGAACGCGAGCAUCUCGAGCGACAUCGGAGGGAAGCUGAAGAAGAAGGAUAAGAAGGAUAAGAGGAAGAGCUUUGGCUGA